CAUCCAUCAUGCCCCCCCAACUCCGACCGAUAAACAUCGCUGAUUUUCAAACCCCCCAGUCAUGGAUGUAGCGUACGACCACAUCCAGGAGGAGAUCUUCUCCUCCAACGACUCCUCGAAGAAGGAAACCGCCCAGAACGAACCCACCACCCAAGACCGCCCCAAUGUCGACCUCAACACCGAACUCCAGGAAACCUUUCGCGCCUUCUCCGCCAGCCCCUGGGGCGCCCGCAUAGGCGGGCUAUGGGACAAUGUCCGCAAGCAAAGCGAAAGCUACUACGAAGGCGCCCGACAGGAAUACGCCGCUGCCAGCGAAGAAGCCGUUAAGGGGUUCUCGGAUCUGAGAAGUAGCAUCGUCGGGCGCACGCGGGGUCUUUCCCUGAGCACGGCGUUCAACGCAGGACCCUCAUCCUCCACCACCACUACAAGUACCGACAAGAGCAAGGAAGAAGCGGAAACAUCCACCCCGAAGGCUGCUCAGGGAGGGGAUCAGGAAGCGACCGGUUCAAGUGAGGGGUUCCUCUCGCGGUUCAAGGCCGAGGCGGCUCGACGACUCAAGGAGAUCGAGAAGGCGGAGGAAGCGGCCGACGAGGCGAUCUUGCGGUUUGGAAUGAAUAUUGGUCAGAAGCUGCGUGAUGCGGUUAGCAUUGUGCCGCCCAGCAACGAGUCGUCGGAUAAGCUGCUUUUCGAGAGUAAGGAUGCGGAGGGCAAGAGGGUUAUUCAUGCUACACGGUUCGAGGCUCAGCUUCAUGUCAUUCAUUCCAACCUGGAGAGCUUCUCGAAGGAUCCCGUUAGUGAUGAAUGGGCGGCUUUCAAGCAGGCUUUCAAUGUUGAUGAUAAGACUGAUGCUAUUGCCGCUGAUCUGGAGAAGUACCCUGAGCUGCGCUCGGCUAUGGAGAAGCUGGUCCCUGAACAGGUUGAAUAUGCGACCUUUUGGUCUCGCUACUACUUCCUGCGUUUGGUAAUUGAGACUGAGGAGCAGAAGCGCAAGGAGCUUCUCAAGGAUGUUAACGUGGACGAGGAAGAAGUCAAAUGGGACGAUGAUUCCGACGAUGACACCGACUCCCCCUCCACACCUCAAGUCAAGUCCAGCGCCAACAAGACCGAGACUCCCGCCGCCGCCGCCGCCGCCCCCACUGAUAAGGAUACCCUGAAGCCCACGGAACCCCGCCGGUCCAAUGAUCAGCAAUCCCAACCUGACAGCGAAUCCAGCUACGACCUUGUCAGCGGUGCCACCAGUCGCACUCCUGCCAGUCCCAAGGAGAAGCCCAAGGAUGAUGAAAGCGAUGACGACUGGGAGUGAAUAACUAGUCUACAAGUCCGGUUGGACUGAUCCCCCAGUACACUGCUAGAAGUUCUACAUACCUGUUGGGUCCAUGACCUUGACCACUGGCUGGUUCGAGAGAUAUCCCCCCACCUCCCCAUUACCUGAGUUAUUGAGGUGCAAGGAGUUCCGGUGUCUUUUGCUAUUCGAAUCUCCUCGGGCGUUAGGAAGGUCACUAACUGCUGCUGCUUUCGUCGUCUCUCUUUUUGCUUCCCUUCGCGAUAAGUCCCCCGGUAUUAGCAGUCGCGUGUGUUGCUUUCUUGUCUCUUGUUUGUGUCGUAUACACCUGCUUUUAGGUUUUUAGGGUAGAUUGCAGGACGUGUGGUCUAUUUAUUGAUAUGAGAAGUCUAUUCACACAGUGCAGUGUCAUUCC